AUGAAGACAUCUGCCAAGGGUUUGAAAAUGGAUCCGUUACGAGGCGCCGGCCAGUGGAUGAAGAGGAUUCUGAUGUUGUACGUAGUCCUGGAGGUAGUUCAAGCCACUCUGGAUCUACAACUGGACGAGGAGCAACCGGCGGGAACUAUCGUCGGCGACAUAAGCGCAGGGCUUCCACCCGGCAUCACGGCGGCGCUCUACUUCAUUUCCGACCACGAAGGUACGGGCGUCAGCACCGAUUUGGACAUCGAUGAGAGCACGGGAAUUAUCAAGACGGCUAAGGUUCUGGACCGAGAACUGAGGGAUAGGUACAACUUCAUCGCGGUCACCAUGACGGGCGUGACGGUGGAGGUGACGGUCAAGGUGAACGAUAUCAACGACCACGGGCCGGCUUUUCCGAAGAAACACGCUGCUUUCAGAAUCCCGGAGCAGACGGCUAUCGGGACCAGGUUUCCUCUGGACCCGGCGGUGGACGCGGAUGGAGGUCACUUCACCACGCAGGGUUACCUGAUUAAGGACGGAAACAUCGGGCAGGCUUUCACCUUGGAGACCAGGAGGGGGAGCAAUGAAGUCCUGUAUCUGGACUUGGUGGUCAACGCCAUACUGGACAGGGAGAAAAGAUCGACCUACACUUUGUCCAUCGAGGGUUUCGACGGCGGUUCUCCUCAAAGAACUGAUCGCAUGACCUUAGAUAUCACCGUCCAGGAUAUUAACGACAACGCUCCGGUGUUUAAUCAGAGCCGCUACCACGCCAUCAUAUCCGAGAACCUGCAACCGGGGAACAACAUCUUGCAGGUGUUCGCCACAGACGCCGACGAGGGUGACAACGGCGCGGUGACGUACGAGAUCAACCGGAGACAGAGCGAUCCGGAUCGUUACUUUGUUGUCGACCCCAACACGGGGAUGGUCGCCCUCAACAAGCCGUUGGACUUUGAGAUGCGGCGCGUCCACGAACUAGUGGUGCAAGCCCAAGACAACGCCACGCAUCCGGAGGUGACCAACGCCUUCGUCACCAUCCACGUCAGGGACUACAACGACAACCAGCCCACCAUGACGAUAAUUUUCCUAAGCGAGGACGGCUCGCCUCAGAUCUCGGAAGGCGCGCAACCGGGGCAGUACGUGGCCCGGAUAUCCGUCACCGACCCGGACUAUGGCGAGUACGCCAACGUUAAUGUGUCCUUGGAGGGCGGAGACGGGAAAUUCGGUCUUACCACAAAAGACAGCAUCAUCUAUCUGGUCUGCGUGGAUCAGAUUCUCGAUCGGGAGGAGAGAGACGUUUACGAUUUAAGGGUUUUGGCGACGGACUCGGGCACACCUCCUCUCCGGGCCGAAUCCUCUUUCACCAUCGAGGUGACAGACGUAAACGACAACCCGCCGCUGUUCGACCAAACGGCAUACCGGCAGGUCAUCCCGGAAGUGGUGUUCCCUGGGAGUUUUGUCUUACAGGUGACGGCCAGAGACAGAGACCAAGGACCCAACGGGGACAUUACCUACAGCAUCCUACGGGAUAAAGGGGUCUUUGCCGACUGGUUCAGCAUAGACGCCGUGACGGGGAUUAUCACUACUCUGUCCCAGCUGGAUUACGAAAAGAACCCCAAUCCUAGCAUAACGGUAGUAGCUACGGAUGCAGGGAAACCGCCCCUAUCUUCCACCGCGGUGGUCAACGUGGUACUUCAGGAUAAUAACGACAACGAACCAGUCUUUGAGAACAACUUCUACAACGUCUCCGUCAAUGAGGACGUGGCUCCGGGAACGUGCAUCCUGGAGGUGCAAGCGACGGACGCUGACGGCGGCUCUUUUGGCUCCAUUAGUUACUCCCUGAACCCGAGCCUGAACGGCGCGGUCACCUCCCAGUUCACCAUUGACAAAGAGACGGGGGUCAUCUGCACUCGCGCCGCGCUGGAUCGGGAUCAAGGCCAGAGCAGCUACGACUUCACGGUCACCGCCGUGGACGGGGGAGGACUGAGCACGCUGGCCUACGUGAAGGUAGAUCUGCUGGACGUGAACGAUAACAGACCUGCUUUUUACCCGCUGAGCUACGCCGUCAGUCUCAGCUCGCAGAGCGCCCCCGGGACUUCCGUGGUCCGGGUGAUCGCCAAAGACGCCGACGCGGGAGAGAACGGGCGGAUUACGUACAGGACCGUAUCCGGAGGGUCUUCACCGUACUUCACCCUCAACAAAGACACGGGUGUGAUCUCGCUGUCUCGGUCCGUCCACGGCAAGGCCAACACGGUCAUACCGAUGGUGAUCUCCGCCCAGGACGGCGGCGGUCUGACCGCCCCGGUGAACGCCAAGGUCAACAUCAGCGUGGUGGCGGGUGCGGUGGCGCCCCCCGUGUUCGAACAGACGCACUACUACUUCACAGUUCCCGAGGAUGUUUUGCAAGGGACUGUCGUGGGCAACGUCCUGGCCAAGAGUAAGACAGGCUCUCCCAGAGACAUGGCCUACACCAUCAGUUCUGGGGACCCCACAGGGUACUUUACAGUUGAUCCAGACACGGGGACUCUGCGGACCAGUCUCUCCCUGGACCACGAAGCUCAACCGACGCUCGACUUGGAAGUGCAAGUCCGUACCGGGAAUCCCCCGGCUUUCGGCCAGACUCGCGUUCACGUCACCGUCGAGGACGUCAACGACAACCCGCCCGUGUUCCUUCCCUCGUCUUCGGAGUCUCUGAUGCUACCCGAACAAACAGAAAUGGGGACCGUGGUGUAUCGCGUACAAGCUGAGGACAGAGACUCCGGUGUCAACGGACAAUUGUCCUUUGAUUUAUCAUCUACGAGUGAGAACCAGAGAGCUUUCAGCAUAGAACGCAACAGCGGAGAGAUACGAUUGGUUGGCGCUCUCAACUAUGAGAGCAUCCCACGGUAUGAUCUCCAAGUUAUUGCCAAAGAUGCUGGAGUACCUCAGCUCAGUGCGACCUUUAUGCUAGUGGUUCACGUCCAAGCGGAGAAUAACCAGGGACCUGUGUUUGAUACUCUGAGCUACAGAGUCGAGCUAAAAGAAGGAACGCCAAUUAAUACUCGCUUCCUGCGAGUGCGAGCGCUUAACAGAGAAUCAACCGGCUCUGGUUACUUCAGUUCUCUUUCUUAUCACCUGCGACCGGAUAGCGACGCGGCCAGUUUUGCCAUCGCUUCGGACAGCGGUUGGCUCUUUGUGAAGAGCGCCCUGGACCGAGAAGUUAAGGACAUGUAUCUCCUGACCGUGCUAGCCAGCGCUGGUGACGGACAGCUCAAAAAGACCGGCAGCGCCACCGUCAGGAUAUCCGUCACGGAUGAGAACGACAACCCUCCUCGGCUGACGCGCGCUAGAAUCUUCAUGACCGUGAGGGAAAACCUGCCGGCAGGGACGGGCUUCGGUCACGUGUUGGCGACGGAUCGCGACAGCGGCUCCAACGGACGAAUCAGUUACCGCCUGCUGCACUCUGAUCGGAACUUCCAGAUCAAUUCGCAUACAGGUGAGAUGAGCACCAGGGCCACUUUGGACAGGGAGCAGCAGUCCAGCUACCAGCUAGCCGUGGUUGUGCAGGACGGAGGCUCACCUUCACGUAGCGCUACCGGUACAGUCUUCAUUAGCGUGCUGGAUGACAAUGACAACACCCCGGUAUUUGUCAACAGCCAUCUGGGGAAGAAGCUCAUCUUACAGGUGUCAGAGGGUCAGUCCUCUGGGGUCCUACUGGGCACGGUACAAGCCAAAGACCCUGACGAAGGAGAGAAUGGCACCGUAAUCUACUCUUUGUCAGGUCCGAGGGCCGAGCGCUUCUUCCUGAACCCCAACACGGGCGAACUGCACUCCUCGUCGCCCCUCAGCCACUCGGAGCGCCCCGAGUACGCCUUGACGGUGACGGCUAGCGAUCGAGGACUUCCGCCUCGCAGCGCCUCCUGCUCCCUCGCCGUCCAGGUUCUCAGCACGAGCAGACCGUCUUCAAAGACCAACUCGCAUUCUAUCGCUUUCAACUCCGUGGAGGAGGCCGAACCGGGUUCGGUGGUCGGUUCCGUGCGCCUUCAUGACGUGGAAACCCAGGGCGAGGUGACCUACAUGGUGGUCGGGGGCACCGAUAAGGACGGGACCUUUGUGGUGGAUCGCUCCACCGGAGACGUCUACCUGGCUAAGCCUCUGGACUACGAGCAGGAUGCGCACUACGCGCUUAAGAUCGAAGUCGACGACUUCUCCCGAGACCCGCCCGUCAGCACGCUGGUUUACUUGGAUAUUAACGUCAACGAUAGCAAUGACCACGCACCGGAGUUUCCGGAGGACCCCGUGACGAUCGUGAUCUCCGAGAGCGUACGACCGGGCGCUUCCGUCUUCACGUUCCAGGCCACGGACAAAGACGGCAGUGGCCCCAAUAGCGAGCUGAGGUACUCCAUCGUACGACAGUUCCCAGACGUACCCGGUCUGCUCACGCUGGACCCUUCCACCGGGGUCCUGACCUUAAAUCGAGAACUGGACCACGAGAUCGACCCUAGUUUGGUCUUGGUGGUCAAAGCGACCGACUCGGCUUUGGACCACAACGCGAGGCAGUGGAGUUCCGUCACGGCGAGGAUUUACGUUACGGACGAGAACGACAACCCGCCGGUGUUCAGCUCGCCGACGGCGGUGAGCGUGAUGGAGGACCAGCCCGUCGGCUUCGUGGCGCUCUACGUCAUGGCCAGGGAUGCGGAUAAAGGAGAGAACGGCAGGGUGACUUACAGAAUCCAGUCUGGGAACACGGGCGGAAGCUUCAGUCUCAACCCCAACACCGGUUCUUUGUCUAUCUUCAAAACUUUGGACCGCGAAGAGCAGGAGGUUUUCAACCUGACCGUGGUGGCCGAGGACCACGGCACCCCUCGCCAUUCUACCACCCAGCUGCUGCGCGUCUACGUGGUGGACGUCAAUGACGAAGCGCCCCGGUUCGAAGAGAGCAGUUACGAGGCCCAAAUCGCGGAAAACCAACCGCGAGGGUCGGCUGUGUUGACGGUAUCGGCCUUCGACCUGGACCAAGGAUCCAAUGGCAAGGUGACGUACGAUGGCCUCUCAGUAGAGGGUUUUACGAUCAACCCCGUAACUGGCGUCAUCACCACCACUCAGCCACUGGACAGGGAACAGCAAGAGUACUACACGGUCACAGUUUACGCAAAAGAUGGCGGGCUUCCCCCGAACUACGCCAAAGCAACCGUGAAGAUCCGGGUGCUGGACGAGAACGACAACGCCCCCAUAUUUGGAAGACUGUACUACGGCAUCGAGGUGCCGGAGAAUUUGGAGUCCAGGGUUCUUUUCACGCUACGAGCCACCGAUCGGGACUCGGGGGACGGUGGGAAGAUCAACUAUCAAAUUACAGAUGGUGACCCUGCCGGAGAUUUCCACUUGGACAGACAGUCUGGUGCCCUGUCCACCUCUGGGCCUUUGGACCGUGAAAACACAGCCAGAUACACCUUGACAGUGACCGCCCAGGAUCAGGCCCGCCCGUCUCGUAGCAGCACCGCCACCGUAGAAGUGACCAUCAUGGACAUGAACGACCACAGCCCCCAGUUUACCACCAGCAGCUACACCGCGGAUGUGUCAGAAGACGUACCGAUUGGCUCUUUGGUUCUGGAUGUGAAGGCUACAGAUCUGGACGAGGGCCCCAACAGCCAGGUUGUCUACUUCCUGAGCCAGGGCUCCAAAAGUAUGUUCAUCAUAGAUCAAAACAUGGGCCGCAUCAUCACAGCGGCGCCUCUAGAUAGAGAGCGAACCGCCUCUUAUACCUUCGAUGUGUGCGCCACCGACUCCUCGCCGUCGAACCCUCGCAACUCCACCGCCAGGGUCACCGUCCAUAUUCAGGACGUCAACGACAACGCCCCAUUCUUCAUUCAGGACCCUCUUAUUUUGAACAUUUCCGCCGGUAGCCUUUCAAACCAAAGAGUGCUAGCCACCAUGAGGGCAGAGGACAAGGACUUCGGGGCAAAUGGGUCCGUGUUUUAUCGAUUCGCCCACUCCGUCAGGGGUUUCACUAUCAACUCCCUGACGGGAGCCAUCCAAGCCACUGAGAAUCUGCAAGGUCUGACCCAAAGCCAGAGGACGUUGAUUGUGCAAGCAAUGGAUCAGGGCAACCCGGCUCAGUCCUCCUUGGGGGUGGUCAUUGUUUAUAUCAAGGAGCAGAUGUACAGGGGGAUUCGCUUCUCUCGCGCGGCGCGAGACGUCAGUCUGCAGGAGAAUGCCGCAAAAGGCACAGUUGUGACACAGACCCAAGCCCAGUACCCAGAUGGCUCUCAAAAUGGUGUCAUUUACAGUCUUUUCAGUGGAAACCAGUUGCAAUCUUUUGGAAUAAACACCAUCACCGGAGAAAUAUGGGUCCAGAAAUCUGAAGGACUAGACUACGAGGAGACCCCUAAACUCCGCCUUGUGGUGAAAGCCGAGACGGCGUCCUCCAGCUCCUACAUGGCGGUGAACUUAAUCCUGCAGGACGUCAAUGACAAUUUGCCUCGCUUCCAACUGCAGAACUACGUGGCCUAUAUCCGAGAGGCGCAGGGUCAUGAUUUUCCCAUUAUCCAGGUCGCAGCGGACGAUCUGGACCAGGGACAAAACGGCCAGGUGACGUAUUCCAUUCGGUCGUCAUCCAUGAGUGGGUUGUUCAAGAUAGACCCAAUGACUGGCAGUAUAAGCACUACAGCCAUCAUGGAUAGAGAGAUCUGGACACAAACAAAGCUCGUCGUCACAGCGACGGACCGCGGAUCUCCGCGAUUGGCCGGCUCGGCCACCCUCACGGUUAUCAUCAUCGAUCUCAAUGACAACAGUCCCAUGAUUCCUCUGCCGAGAGAGAUCCGAGUGCCUGAGGACACUUUGAUUGGCACCGUUAUCAGUCAAGUGACAGGAAACGACGUGGAUUCCGGGCCGGCCCUCUCCUACACACUCUACCUGGAUGGCGACAGCAAGGGCAUGUUUGGAAUCCACUGCUUUGGUGGCGGCGUGGCUCUAACCAGAGCUUUGGACUACGAGGAGAGGACAUGGUACACUUUGACCAUCCGGUCGUCCGACUCGAAACAUCAAAGCGAAGCCAAUCUAACCGUUCUAGUGGAAGACGUCAACGACAAUGCGCCUGCCUUCACUCAGGACUUGUAUCAGGUGACGGUAUCAGAGCAUCUCCCAGAAGGCAGUGCUCUCAUCACCGUAACCGCGACUGACUCCGACUCCGGGGACAACGGAAAGAUUACCUACAAAGUCAUGUCGUCCACCAGGGGUUUCUUCUCUAUCGACCCAAGCAACGGCACACUGUUCGUCAAGCAAAAAACAGAAUUCAACUUUGAAAAUCCGUCCAUCCUCGUGGUCGUUGAGGCUCGAGACCAGGGGACCCCAUCGCUCUCCUCCGUGGCUACCAUCCAAGUCCAAGUGUCCGACAUCAACGACAACGCCCCUGUCUUCCAUCAGUCCGAAUACAGAGCCACCGUGUCUGAAGACGAGCUUCCCGGCUCCACGGUUCUGACCCUGGAGGCGGCGGACGGUGACCUGUCACGGGACAACUCUGGUUUCGAUUUCGCCAUUGCCAGCGGCAACUCCGGUAAUGCCUUCCAGAUUGAGAGCAGCGUGCGCUUCUUGGAAGGCAGAGGUUUCCAGACAGUCGGUAGCCUGAUCCUUGUGGAAGAGCUGGAUUUUGAAGCCGUUUCCAGUUAUAACUUGACCGUGGUGGUGUCAGACCGCGGGAUACCCCAGCGUAGCUCCUGCGUACCGAUCUUAAUCAGCAUUAAGGACGUCAACGACAACCCUCCGGCUUUCAGUCGAGGAGAAUACAGCGUGGUGCUGAGCGAGAGCGCCGCCGCGGGGACGGAAGUGUUGCAUCUGUCUGCCACGGAUCCAGACUCUGCUCCCAAUGGGGAGGUGCAUUAUUCCAUAAGCUCGGGGGACAAAACGAGCCUUUUCCAGGUAGACCAGUGGACCGGGGCCUUGAAGCUGCAGAGACCACUAAGCACCGAGAAGCAGUUAACCCAUAUGAUUGUAGUCCAAGCUACCGACGGCUUGGGAAAAUAUGCCUUUGCUCCCGUCAGCAUUGACGUGAAGGACAUCAACGACCACCGGCCUUUCUUUCCGCUCAGUCAAGUAACGGCGAGCAUCAGGGAGAACCAGCCGAAAAACGCCUUAGUGACCAUGCUACACGCCAUCGACCAUGACAAAGGGGUCUUUGGAAAGUUGAGAUAUUACUUGCUAGAGGACUCUCAAGACGGAAAAGAAUUGUUCUUUAUCAACCAAACAUCUGGAGAAGUGCGGACUCGGUCGACUUUUGAUUUUGAGAAGGUCGAAUCCUUUAAUUUUAUGGUCGCGGCAAUGGACUCCGGCAACUAUUCCGCCACUGUCACGGUGCAGGUUUAUGUCUCAGGGGAGGACGAGUACGAUCCAGUUUUUACAUCCCCGGAGUACUCGUUCAAAGUACCCGAGGACGCCAAGGAAGGUCAGAUCAUCGGCAGAGUGCAAGCCAAAGAUGAAGACGGAGGUUUAGAUGGUAUUGUCUUGUACUCGCUGUCAGGGAAUUCGCCUUAUUUUGAAGUCAACCAAUCAACCGGUGCCGUUUCCCUCAAGAUGGACAGCUAUAGUAGACACGUAAGCCGCUCCAAACGAGAAGUCCGCCUCAUGACGCUGGGCCUGACGGCCCACAGCCCUCUGGAAAACUCGCGCACGGCUGCGGUCAAAGUGACCGUGGACGUCAGCCACACCUCUUUCGGUCUCGCCACAGACAUGAACUUGCUGCUUGUAAGUGUCAUCGCCGUGUCACUCGGAACAAUAGUCAUUUUGUGCAUAAUUGCCGUGGCGCUCUUUUUUGUCAAACUGAGGCGCCAGCGGAAAGAGCAAAAGAGACACAGGAGAACCAAGGCUUCGGCAACCAUGUUGCAUAAAUUCGAGGAGACAAAAAUAGCCACGAAUGAGAUUAUUUACCACCAGGCUCUUCCUGGUUUUGCUGCCGACCAGAGCAGCGGUAGCAGCAGCAGCGGAGGGCCUUACACCCGUGGGGGGUCCUUGGACCCCUCACACUCCAGCGGUCGUGGCUCCGCGGAGGCCGAGGCGGCGGAGGAUGACGAGAUCCGGAUGAUAAAUGAAUACCCUCGCGUGUCCAGCAUCUCCUCGUCCAUGCAAGAGCGCAUGUCCGCCCGGGGUCCCGACUCUGGCAUCCAGCAGGACGCCGACCAGCUAUCCGACGUGUCUUGCGAGCCUUCGAUCGAUUGGUUCAAAGGGAAGAAAAUGGGCAGUUUGAAUAGCACCCUGCUAGCCGGGCAGGUGCCGAUCUACCGAGAUGAUGGGGGCGGCUACGUAGGCGUGGGACGUAGUCUUAGCGUCUCCAAUCAUAAGGACUAUACGUUUCCCGAGGACGGAAAACCGGCAGUGGACGGCUCCUUGACCGCCAUCGUGGCCAGCGACGAAGAACUGAGGGGCAGCUACAACUGGGACUACCUGCUAAACUGGUGCCCCCAGUUCCAACCUUUAGCCAGCGUUUUCACCGAGAUAGCUCGUUUAAAAGACGAAACUGCCCCCGCUCAUCCCCGCCGCUCCUUCCACCGCAAAUGCAAAGAGUCCAGAAUCGACCCGCCGCCGCUUAUCACCUCCGUAGCGCACCCCGGCGCAAAGACUGUUCCGCCAAAGCCGGCCGCGGGGAGGACCUUCCCCCACCUGUCCACGUUCCGGAGGUCCCCGCUCAGCAGCGAGGGAUCCAUCUGCUCGGCGGCAAUGUCCCCGAGUUUCUCCCCGUCCCUGUCGCCGCUGGCGGCGCGCUCUCCUGCCGUCACACCCUUUAGCGUCUCCCAGGGACCGUCGGCGUCCGUCAUCAGUACGACGGAACACAACCUGGAGAACAUCGACGAAGCCGAACUGAGGAUUUGA